CCCCCCCUGUAAAAAUAGCAGCGAGAGGAGGAGGAGGAGGCGUAGGAGAAGAGGAAACGUCUUGAGUGGCUCUUCCUCAGUCGACUCAGGAACCCGUCGCUGCCAACUGCCCGUGCGUUGUGACUUUCGAAACCCGGAUCGCCAGUAGCCAUGGACAGUUUGGAUGAAGAGCAGAUCGAGACCCUCCGGAAGGCGUUUGACUCCUUCGACACGGAGAAAACCGGCUCCAUCACAGCUGAGACCAUCGCCACCAUCAUGAGGAUGAUGGGCGUCAAGAUCUCGGAGAAGAACCUGCAGGAAGCCAUCGCCGAGACUGACGAGGACGGAUCCGGCCUCCUGGAAUUCAGGAGUUCGUCGAGCUGUCGCCGCAAGUUCCUCAUCGAGGAGGACGAGGAGGCUCUCAAGGCGGAGCUCAGGG